UCGCUCAGCAGGACUCGACACACAAUUUACCUUACUUCUUGGUUUGUUUGGAUAUUAGACGUUUUCACUUGAUCCAUAUAAUAUCAUUUUAUUUUCCGUGUACAUUAUUUAUGUGUAUGGCCUAUUAUUCCGUGAAUGACGUGAAAUUCAUCAUAAAAAUACGCCUUGGCUACUUAACAGAAUAGUGUAUAUGGCUUCGUGUCGGUUCCGCUGGAGAAUCCUGUUCAUCAUUUCGCCGUGCAUACUGCUGAUCCCAAUCUACAUCUAUGUCUGCAUGGUUCUGAUCUAUAUCAUGACACACGGUGCACCUGGUGUUCAUCCUGUGCAGCAGAAACACUUUACUGCCAGUGGUCUCAACCACUCCAGAGAUCUGGCUCCCCAUCCUGUGAAAUCUUUCUGGAGAAGCGAGCUAAACAGUGGAGCACUAUGGAACAUCAUCCAGUUUAUGAUAGAUUCCCACUAUAACCCCAUCCUAAAUCCACAUCUGGCUGCAAACCCACCCGGUAUUUCUUACAAAACAGAAAGGUCCAGAAGAAGUGGGAAUGGAUGCUCUCCAGACUAUGAGAUUAACAAUACAAUGCCAGAUUUCUUCAGUCUACCAUCGCAGAUAAAAGAUUUUGUGACCAGCAUGCACUGUCGAGAAUAUCCCUUGGUAAUAGAUCCUUUAGAUGUUUGUGAUGGUGGUCCGCUAGCAAAGAAUCGGGCACCAAUGUUGCUCCUGGCUAUCAAAGCUCAGCCUCCGGAUUUCAUGAACAGAGAAGCGAUAAGAGAAACUUGGGGGCGUUCAGGAAGAAUAAAAAGCCGAGGUGGGCGGCAAAGGCUUGUUCGGAGGGUCUUCCUUCUGGGGAAGUCCAAAGACUUGCAUAUUGAAGAGAAAUUGCAAUUAGAGAGUGAUAAAUAUGGUGACAUCAUCCAAUGGGAUUUCAUGGACACGUUAUUUAACCUCACCCUGAAGGAUGUGCUGUUCUGGGACUGGUUCUCAAGGCGAUGCCCACAUGCCCGCUUCAUUUUUAAAGGUGAUGAUGAUAUCUUUGUGAGGACGCCUGCUCUCCUAAACUAUCUGCUGGCCGAGGAGGCAAAUGAAAACUUCUCAAAUGGAUCCAGGCGGCCAAAUAAAAUGGAGACGUUUGUUGUGGGGGACGUGAUAAACAACGCAUCACCUAUACGCUCCAAUGGGAGUAAGUACUACAUUCCGGAGAGCUUCUUUAAAGGGACUUACCCGUCAUAUCCUGGUGGAGGGGGGGUGGUUUACUCUGGUUCUCUGGCCCAUAGGCUUUUGGAGGUGUCACAAAAGGUUCACCUGUUCCCCAUUGAUGAUGUCUAUCUGGGCAUGUGUCUUCAAAGACUGGGAGUGUACCCUAUCCACCACCCUGCCUUCCUUACCUUUGACUUCCCCAAGAACGAGCUCAAGAAACCCUGUGCGAAUCACACCAUCCUCCUGGUGCACAAGCGUAGCCCAGCUGAGAUGUUCCAACUUUGGACUGAAACAUCGAUGCCCAGUUUUGAAUGCAGAAACGCAACUCUGAGAGUCGAAACUAAAGUUGGGUUUAGCAGACAGAAAUCAGUUCUCAAUCGCUUUCCUUUCUCCCCGAAAACUUGAAAACUGAUGUUAUGCAUUGCAUGAUGCUUUAUUUGAAUUUUUGUUGUCAAGUUUCACCUCUUUUUACAGAUGCGACGAAACCGAACAAGCAUCAGAUCUUUACUUCCAUAUUGUGCCGUAAAGAGAAGAUUACGAGGUCACAUUAAGGUCUAUAAUGUUUUUAUAUUGACAAAAUAAUUGGCCAAACAAGAAGCAUACAAAAAGUUUAUUACAAAACCUUAUUAACAAGAAUUAUGAUACAUACUCUGUUUCCUUUUAAUGAAACAAAAAUGACUUUUAGAUUGGAAACCAAACUCAACCAGAAACACCAUCUGAAAGCCAUUAGAGAGAAAUGAUUCAGCUCUGAAAAUGUGUUUGUUUUAAACCCAAUUAAGGUUCAUUAUCAUAGAAAACUGGUCUUGGUCAUGCUGUAGAGUAAGCAUCGUCCAGUAUCGUUUGCAGUUGGCUUGUUUUAUGCUCUUCCUUCAUCUUCCUUUUCCUCAUCAUCUUCAUCAGUCUCUUCCUCACUCUCACUGUAGAGAACAGUGGCACGAUU